UGAGAAUUCCGAUUAAAGGUACGCUGCAUGCUAUAGACUAAUAUCACUCCUCCAUACCACUAACUCGAGCAGGUGUCGUCCCAUUUCCAGACGAAAAGGUUCUCUACGAGGUUGCCACGAUGAGGCACGUUGCUGCCAACACCACGAUCCCGGUCCCCCGCAUCUACCAUUACGGGACCGCAGCCGAGAAUCCCACGGGCCUAGGCGCGUUCAUCAUCAUGGACUACAUCGAGCACCAUCAAAACAUGUCCAGGGAGCUUCUUGAUCCAAAUCGCGCCCUUGACGAGUCUCCCAUCCUGGACCCAGAUAUCGCCGAGGAGAAACUAGAACUUCUCUACGGUCAGAUGGCCAAUAUCCUACUACAGCUGUCUACCCUGAGAUUUCCUCGAAUUGGCUCUCUUGUCGAGGAAGUUGACAGCAGUUCCGUUUCAGUCAAAGGACGGCCCUUGAUCGCAAAUAUGAGUGACAUAGUCGUGCACACCAGCGCGCCAGCAAGCGUUCUACCAUCCCAGACCUAUGCCUCUGCUGACGAGUGGUACAGCGCUCUCGCCGAUAUGCAUAUGGCCCAGCUCAUCUUCCAGCAUAAUGACGCUGUGGAAGACAAGGACGACGCGCGCGAUAAAUAUGUCGCGCGCCAACUUUUCCGAAAACUCGCUACCGAGAGGCGCCUCAGCCCCGACCAGUCGACACCAGACAGCACUUUCAGGCUAUUUUCCGAAGAUUUCAGGCCGGCCAACGUCCUCCUCGACAAAGACCUGCGGGUAGUCGGGGUCAUAGACUGGGAGUUCUCCUACGCCGCCCCCGAGCAAUUCAGCUUCGACCCUCCCUGGUGGCUCCUCCUUCUAGAACCAGAGUGUUGGCCCGGCGGAUACCGCGCGUGGAUGUCGGCCUACGAACCCCGGCUCCAGACCUUUCUGCGCGUGAUGGAGGCCGAGGAGAAGAAGAUGGCGGCUUCGGCGGCGGCGGCGGCGGACCUCGUCGGAAAGGUCGACGGCCUGUCGGUGACAGACAGUGGAAAGAUUAAACCGCCGCUCUCUCAACUCAUGCGGGAGAGCUGGGAGAGGCGGAAGUGGAUGCUCGGCUACGCGGCCAGGAAGAGCUGGGCAUUUGAUUUCAUCUGGUGGAGGUUCCUGGACGAGAGCUACUUUGGGCCGAACGAGAACCAGGACUGCCAAGCCAGACUGGACUUGCUUUCCGCGCCGCAGAGGAAGGCGAUGGAGGGCUUUGCGGCGCGCAAGAUGGAAGAGGGUGAAAGUUGCGAGGUCAUCAAACUGGGGGAUAAGGAUGCGAAAGUUUAUAUGGCUGAGGUGCUUGUUUGACAUUAGCUCACGUUGGUGCACAUUCUGUUUUUUUCAGUAAGGGCGGUCUACAGGUCUUGUAUUUCUGAUGGGGUAAGAAUAGCUGGACAGAGGAGCACCGGAGACAAGUUGAGCCAACAUGAGGAGAUUCAGCACUGCCUGCAACUAAAGAGAACCAUAAUGGUGAUAAUUCCGCUUAAACCCGGACGACCAAUGGUUAAAAGAGCUGCGGAGAUCAUACUGCAGAUGCGGGGGCC